GACUCACCCACUGAUCGGCUCGUCACAUUUUCUUUCAAAUGUUAAAACAAGUCUCACUUGCAGAGCGCUCCUUCAAAACAGAAUGCAGACACGCCCACAUGCGGCAGCGGAACCCUUGACGUGCACAGCGCAGACCCGGCAAGGCGACUAGAACCAUAGGCGCUAUCAAAAAGGCCAUCGUCAUCUGGUACUACACACUAAAGUGCAUUCUACAAGAGUAGCUAGCUCGUCAAUAAGGGAUCAACAUAAGCAUACUGAGAUAGAUCGAAAGACCUGAGCAUGCUGUCUGGGAGGCUGGGAAGUGCUGUUGUGUUAGACGGACAACACAAAUUUUGAGCAUUGCUAAUAUCGCUCCAUUAUCUUCCAACCGUAACAUCUUCAGAAUCUGAGAAUUUCAUCUCGGGACUGACAAUUCCUAUAACAAUGCCGGCCUCGUCAACCCAUUACCUUUGCGGCCCCUUCUUCUUUCAUCGGGGGCUUCUUCUCAUUCCCCUUCUGCACGAAGCCCCGCGUAUGAAACUCCGUGGGAUCUAGAAGCCAACUACCGUUUUCAUCCUUGUCAUGAUUUUGAUUUUACUUUGACUCAUACCUUGACAUCUCGAAUGUGCCAUCAUCAGUCCCCUCCUUCUGCGCCAUCAGUGACCGCUCACACCUCAUCUACGGCGUCGGACUCCAUCAUUGUACCCCAUUACAGCAAGCAACAAGAAGUGCCGAAAGAAAGGGAAUCCAGUAUAGGUGCUCUUCCGUCGAGUCACGUUGACUCACUGUUCGUACCCUCAGCUCAAAUUUGGGAAGAGUCCUAUGGCCAGCUCAAAGAUCCAGAGGCGGGUGAUAAAACGACAGACGUCCCCUCCCUAACUCCUGCUACCUUUUCUGUUUCUCAAUCAUCUCUACAGCCUGGCGGAUCGCUCUUCGAUUUCUCUACUUUAGUUACCCUCGUUCCGUGUUCACAUCAAGUGGCGAAAGACUUGGUCGAUUUACCGAUAUCUAUCACUGAAAGUCAAUUUACUGGUACUGAGUUCCUCAAUAGAUCCGACAAUGUUAAUUUCCCUCAGCAGGACUGGCUAGCAAAAUGCGGCUCUGCCACGGGAGAGAUGAUUACCCCGAGUGAAGUGUCGUUGGGUAAAAGUUUCAGCUCCUCCAUUACCAAUAGAAAUUCGGCACCGAAGAUGCUUUGUCCAUCUCAUGCGAACUCACAAGCAAUAACCGAUUGUAUAUCCUCCAUCACGUCACCACCUACUCAUAUGGAGCCAAAAGACUUACUAAAGGCUACUCUUGCUACGCACGUUUGCGUAGUCCAAUCAAGUACCAGAACACAACAGAAUGGUGCAGGGUUCGUACCCCAAACUAACGAAGAGGAGCUGAUUCCAAUGGAGAAGGAAACAUCAGGUGGCGGAGCCACUGCACUCUGUUCAGGAUCUGUAGCCUUGACACGGGACAACAACCCAAGGGGAUCUCUGCCCGAACCCAGCUUUUCCUCUUCGCAGGACACUUCGAGGGAUGCUUGCUUCUUUGACGCAACAUACUCAUCCAUUGACUGCACAGUCAGAGAAAAAGCAUCCUUUAAACGAAUGCCAACGACUUUCCAAUCAUCUUUUCCCAAGUUUGGGGUAAGCGAGCAGUCCAACAACCGGUUGCGCUCAGUCGCCGUUGAGACCAAAGUACGAGACGAAAUGGAGGAUCUAAAUGUCUUGCAUUUUCAACAAGGAGUACUGUCGAUUGCUUCUGCUUUUUACGUAGAUCUUGCUACAUUAGUUGAACGAACACCGGUAAAUGUCAUAAGAAUGGGCAUGACGCGGUCUGGUUUGGGACCGAGAGGCCAGAAUCUUCAACAGACUAUCGAUGAUAUCAAGGAUGUCUGCGCCAAGCUGACUGAAGGAAAUGCUGUAGGCGUAGAGCACUUAGUAUCGCCGAGCAAGAGAACAAACAGCUGCGAAGGGCGCCUUUCCCAUUACGCUACCAUGCGCCUUGCUGGCGACAGACGCAAAAGCAGCAGUGCCGAUGCUAUGACUCAUCCCGAAAAAAUGGCUGAAAAUGUCUCGCCAUACUGGCAUCACGACUCAUCCGCCCCAGUUAAUGCCGGAAGCUGCCCCAUCAAGAAACAUAAAUCCGUUGCUUCUCCUUCUUUUACCUCCAGCUCCCCCCACUCAAGCUCUAAGCCAAUUACUCCUUCUCCACAGUCCAGUAUGCCGGGUGCAAUAUCUCGACUGGCCUCAUUGUCAUCCCCGUCUUCCCUGCCUCAGCCGCCAAGAAUCAUACAUGGCCCUUGGACAUCUGCUGAGAUAGAGAGGUUAAAGGGGUUAGUCAAACUGUCCAAGGAUGCAGAAGACGGGGUUCCAAGAGAGCACGUGGAUUGGGCCUGGGUGGUGAGGAAUUUUGGUGAUAGAAGAAACAGGCGUCAAGUCUUAAUCAAAGCCGUCGAGUUGGGUUUGAGAGAAACUUCUACACAUUACAGCAGACGUAUCAGACAGAAUGCUCAGCAAAACGGUCAUAAGCAUACGGCUGUAUCAGCUGCCCCUAUUCGAUCCGUUCUUAUACAUAAGCACCAUAAUCUCGAAACUUCCCAGCCUCCUGGGGCCACCUUUGUUCAGCAGUCUCUUGUGUUUCCAUCUCCUUCCGCACAUACGCGUCGGAAUAGCGCGCAGGCUGAAUUCAAUGACUCAGCGCGAACCGCGAUGCCACCUACGCCAAAGAACUCCCUUUCUUAGCCUAUUUUUACCCAUUCACGUGAGACCCAGUCAGCUUUGGUUGGUAUACUACCACCAAAUCUCCCAAGACGUCAAACACAUCCAAUAAGCGAGUCAAGACAGUCCCCUAAGCGUUUGUUAUCUGGAGCGCCGCGAUCCGCCCCAUACCAGCAGUGUUGUCGCCGGCUUCCGAGUCACCGUCGUUUCGUUCUAAAAUCAGACGAUGCGUCGAUAGAUCGAGAGAGGAUUGAUGGUGCUGAUUUGAUCAAUGAGACCUCUUUUUCAUUUUAUUAGGUUUGUAGACGUGAAUAUGCCUAUACUUAUGUAGUAUUCAAGGCAGAUUAUUGAAAUUUUGUAUCACAUAUACUGUAAAAUGUAGUUGUAAAUGAUGAAGGACACACGGAACCACUUAGUAUUUGACUGUAACAGUGCGACAAAUG